UUCAGCUUCAUGGGGGUAUCCCGCUUUAUGAUGACUGUUUCCGGGGUGAAAGGGUUUGGUAAAGUGACGCUAGAGCGACAAGGUUAUUUCAUUGCGAAAACGUAAGCUAUGAGGGAAAAGCAGGGUCUUCCUACCGGCAUCUUUAAGGUAAUUACUUCUGAAAAAACAACAGCAGCAGCAGUCACUUUAGACUGACAGCUAUGGAUGACUUUUGCAGUCAGCAUGGGACAGCCCUCUGACACUGUAGAAGAAGGCAGAAGGUUCAUGUUCUUCUACAUGAAAUUGUAAAAAGUCAAAGUGUACUUUGAGCGAAUAGCUGUUUAAUCUGCUUGCUAUGGCGAGCCCAGUGGUAGCAGUUAACCAUUUACUGCGAGGAAUUGCUGGAAGUUUCAGAGGGCAACAUACAUCUGUGCUGUGGAGGCCCAGAGUAUUGUGUAACUGCAUACUACAUAGAAAAAUGUCAUCAAGAAGAAAAGUUGACCAUCUAGAGAGAACUGCGCACAAUCUGAGGCAUGAGGUUAUUUCUCAAGCAACAAUAUGUGGAAUUACAAAUGAAUCUGACAGAGUCAAGAGGAUUCGUCUAGCAGUAGCAAAUAAGGAAUUUACUUUUAAAGCAGGGCAAUGGGUGGAUUUCUUUAUUCCUGGAGUUUCAAAUGUUGGUGGCUUUUCAAUUUGCUCCAACCCUGGACUUCUGAGGAGAGAUGGAGUUAUAGAGUUGGCUGUGAAAUAUAGUGAACAUCCACCAGCCCGAUGGAUUCAUACCGAGUGUGGCCUAGAUUCAGUAGUAUCUUUGAGAGCAGGAGGAGAUUUCUUCUUCGAUCCUCUACCUUCUGAGCCUGCAAAGAACCUGUUAUUGGUGGCAGGAGGAGUAGGAAUUAACCCACUAUACUCAAUAUUGCUGCAUGUGGCUGAUCUACACAGACAAAGAACUGCUCAAGGCUAUGGGUAUGAACCAGGAUUUGUCCAGCUGUGCUACAGUGCAAAAAGCACAGAUGAACUACUUUUCAAGAAUACCAUUAUUGGACUUUCGCAAGAGUUUUCUGGGAAGAUUGCAUGUGAUUUUCAUGUAACACAACAGAAGACAAAAAUUAGUGAAGAACUUCGAGCAUAUGUCAAUGAGGGAAGAAUUUCUGAAAAGAUUCUGGAAGAACAUAUAUUCCAAAAUAACCUGUGCUAUAUAUGUGGACCACCACCUAUGAUACAGUCUGUUUCUAGUCAGCUUAUCAAUUUAGGAUUUCCCAAAGAAAAAAUUCUAUUUGAAAAAUGGUGGUAGUUUUUCUUAUGGAAGUUCUUAUACUCAGAGUAUGCAGAAAGUGUUAUUCUGUUUUACUGUAAAAUACUGUAUUUUACAAUAUUAAAAUAAUUGAAAGUUGUUUUCUUAAAAUUUUACUAUAGACCUCAUGUAAAAAAUUUUGCUCACCAUUGUUGAGAAAUAGUCGGUCUGUCAUCUCAUUUCUGUUCCAUACUGCAAGUAAAACUGGCUUUUUCCUGUUUUGAAAACAUUUCAGAUUAUGGUUCUGAUGCUAGUUUUUGUGUGUGUUUUUAUUAAUAUUAUACUGAUAUGGACAACUGGCUGGUAUAAUGGUCCUUGUGUCACAUCAACAAAUGUUUAUUUUUCAGAGUUUAGAAAAUAACUGUUAAUCAGUAAGUGUUCCCACUGUCUUAUAGUGUUAGUCUGUAGUAUUGUGAUCUAAACACCAAUAAAGUAAUCCUUUUCAUUUUCA